CUCACUCUUCUUUGUUACUUAGAAGCUAGUUAGGUUCUCACACACCAAGACUUAAUAAGCUAGCUAGAAAAUUAAGGAGAGCAAAAUGAGUUCUAAAAAAGAGGGGGUGAUAAGGAAAAAAGAGGGAGGUUCAAUAAGCAUAAUUUUGAGAUAUGGUGAUUGGAUUGAUGUAGUUUUAAUGUUGAUGGGUUCUUUGGGAGCAAUUGGAGAUGGAAUGUCAACAAAUGUUUUGCUUCUUUUUGCAAGUCGUAUUAUGAACAGCUUAGGUAAUAGGAACAACAACAAUAGUGACACUUCCAUGUCCGAGGUUGAAAAGUGCAGCUUAUAUUUUGUCUACUUGGGAUUGGCAGCCAUGGUGGUGGCUUUCAUGGAAGGCUAUUGUUGGAGCAAAACAAGUGAGAGACAAGUGUUGAGAAUUCGUUACAAGUAUUUGGAAGCUGUUCUUAGACAAGAAGUUGGGUUUUUUGAUUCACAAGAAACAAAUACUUCUGAAAUCAUUAAUAGCAUAUCAAAGGACACUUCACUUAUACAAGAAGUUCUUAGUGAAAAGGUGCCAUUAUUUUUGAUGCAAUCAUCAUCAUUCAUAUCAGGAAUAGCAUUUGCAACAUAUUUUUCAUGGAGGUUGGCUUUAGUAGCAUUUCCAACUCUACUGUUGCUAAUUAUACCUGGCAUGAUUUAUGGAAAAUAUUUAAUUUAUUUAUCAAAAUCAUUAAUGAAAGAGUAUGGAAAAGCAAAUGCAAUUGUGGAACAAGCACUAAGUUCAAUAAAAACAGUGUAUUCAUUCACAGCUGAAAAGAGAAUAAUGGAAAAAUAUUCAGAAAUAUUAGAUAGAACUUCAAGACUUGGAAUCAAACAAGGAAUUGCAAAGGGUCUUGCUAUUGGAAGCAUUGGUUUGUCUUUUGCAAUAUGGGCUUUUCUUGCUUGGUAUGGAAGUCAUUUGGUUAUGUAUAAAGGUGAAAGUGGUGGAAGAAUCUAUGCUGCUGGAAUUUGCUUCAUUAUGAGUGGAUUAUCAUUGGGAGUGGUACUUCCUGAUUUGAAGUACUUCACAGAAGUAUCAAUAGCUGCAUCAAGAAUAUUUGCUAUGAUUGAUAGAAUAGCUGAAAUUGAUGGUGAAGACACAACAAAAGGAAUCACAUUACAAAACAUUAAUGGAAAAUUAGAUUUUGAGAAUGUAAAAUUCACAUACCCUUCAAGACCAGAAAGUAUAAUAUUAAAUAAUUUUAAUCUCAAAGUUGAGGCAGGGAAAAGUGUUGCACUAGUUGGUGCUAGUGGAAGUGGAAAAUCAACAGCAAUAGCAUUGUUACAAAGAUUUUAUGAUGCAAAUGAAGGUGUUGUUAGAGUUGAUGGUUUUGAUAUAAAGAGUUUACAAUUGAAAUGGAUAAGAGGGAAAAUGGGACUUGUGAGUCAAGAACAUGCAAUGUUUGGAACAUCUAUUAAGGAAAAUAUUAUGUUUGGAAAAAAUGAUGCUACUAUGGAUGAAAUUGUUGUUGCUGCCACAGCUGCUAAUGCUCAUAAUUUCAUUAGACAACUUCCUCAAGGCUAUGAAACCAAGAUUGGAGAAAGAGGUGCACUUCUUUCAGGAGGACAAAAGCAAAGAAUAGCAAUUGCAAGAGCUAUCAUAAAAAAUCCUGUAAUUCUUCUACUUGAUGAAGCAACAAGUGCACUUGACUCUGAAUCUGAAUUAUUGGUCCAAAAUGCCCUUGAUCAAGCCUCUAUGGGGAGGACUACUUUGGUUGUUGCUCACAAGCUAUCAACAAUUAGAAAUGCAGACCUCAUAGCAGUUAUGAGUAAUGGUUGCAUCAUUGAAACUGGCACACACAAUCAACUCAUCAACACUCCAAAUGGUCACUAUGCAAAAUUAGCAAAAUUACAAACACAAUUAAGCAUUGAUGACCAAGAUCAAAUUCAAGAACAAACUCUUCUUCUUUCUGCAGCAAAAAGUAGUGCAGGUAGACCAAGCACUGCAAGAUCAAGUCCAGUCAUUUUCCCAAAAUCACCAUUGCCUAAUGAUGAAACCAUAUCUCAUGUUUCUCAUCAUCCUCCACCUUCAUUUCCAAGGCUUCUUUCUUUGAAUUCACCUGAAUGGAAACAAGGACUAAUUGGAACACUCUCAGCUAUCGCCUUGGGUUCAAUCCAACCUUUAUAUGCAUUAACAAUCGGUGGUAUGAUUUCGGCUUUUUUUGCUAAAAGCCAUCAAGAAAUGAAACAUAGAAUCAUGAACUAUUCAUUCAUUUUCACUUCCUUAUCGCUCGCUUCGAUAGUACUCAAUCUCUUACAACAUUACAAUUUUGCUUAUAUGGGAGCAAAGUUAACAAAAAGAAUAAGAUUGUGUAUGUUGGAGAAAAUCUUAACCUUUGAAACUUCUUGGUUUGAUGAAGAAAAAAACUCUAGUGGAGCAUUAUGUUCAAGGUUGAGUAAUGAAGCUUCCAUGGUGAAAUCUCUUGUUGCUGAUAGACUCUCUUUACUUGUUCAAACAACUUCAUCGGUUGCGAUCGCGAUGAUCAUAGGACUUAUUGUAGCAUGGAAGCUUGCUCUUGUUAUGAUAGCUGUUCAACCACUUACAAUAGUAUGUUUUUACACAAGAAAAGUUUUGCUUUCGACGCUUUCGAAUAAAUUUGUUAAGGCGCAGAAUCGAAGCACGCAGAUCGCGGUAGAGGCUGUUUAUAAUCAUAGAAUUGUGACAUCAUUUGGAAGUAUUACAAAAGUUUUGAAACUGUUUGAUGAAGCUCAAGAGGAGCCAAGGAAGGAAGGUAGGAAGAAAGCUUGGCUGGCAGGCAUUGGAAUGGGAUCAGCUCAAUGCUUAACUUUCAUGUCAUGGGCUUUGGAUUUUUGGUUUGGUGGAAAAUUGGUGCAAAUGAGAGAGAUUUCAUCAGGUGAUGUGUUUAAGACUUUUUUUGUUUUGGUGAGUACUGGAAAAGUUAUUGCUGAAGCUGGUAGCAUGACUUCUGAUCUUGCUAAGAGUUCAACUGCUGUUGCAUCAGUGUUUGAGAUUCUUGAUAGACAAUCACUUAUUCCAAAGGAUGGAGAAGGAACUAACAAUGGCAUUAAGUUGGAAAAGAUGAGUGGAAAAAUAGAGUUAAAGAAUGUUGAUUUUUCUUAUCCAAGUAGGUCAAGGACACCAAUUUUGAAGAAUUUUUGCUUAGAGGUAAGGCCAGGAAAAAGUGUAGGACUAGUUGGAAAAAGUGGAUGUGGAAAAUCAACAGUUAUUUCCUUAAUUCAAAGAUUCUAUGAUGUUGAGAAAGGAUCAUUGAAAAUUGAUAAUGUGGACUUAAGGGAAUUAGAUAUUCAUUGGUAUAGACAACACACAGCACUUGUAAGUCAAGAACCUGUUAUAUAUUCCGGCACAAUUCGCGACAACAUCUUGUUCGGAAAGCAAGACGCGACGGAAAAUGAAGUGGUUGAGGCUGCUAGAGCUGCAAAUGCUCAUGACUUCAUAUCAUCAUUGAAAGAUGGAUAUGAAACAGAAUGUGGAGAAAGGGGAGUUCAAUUAUCAGGAGGACAAAAGCAAAGAAUAGCAAUUGCAAGAGCUAUAAUUAGAAAUCCAAUCAUACUUCUUCUUGAUGAAGCAACAAGUGCUUUAGAUGUUCAAUCAGAACAAGUUGUUCAAGAAGCACUUGAUAGGAUCAUGGUAGGAAGAACUACUAUUGUUGUGGCACAUAGACUUAACACAAUCAAAGAACUUGAUUCAAUUGCUUAUGUUUUAGAGGGUAAGGUUGUGGAACAAGGAACCUAUGCUCAACUUAGGCACAUGAGAGGUGCAUUUUUCAACCUUGCCAACCAUUAAAUCCAAAUUUAGUUCAUGUAAACAUUGAGGAACAUAAUAAAUAAUAAUGUUAAUAUUCAAAGUUUUUAUUAUAUGGUUCUCUCCCAAAUCCA